CUCUCUCGCGCGCUCGCCCUCGCUCGUUAGCCCCUAGACUACGCUUUUCGUCUCUCCGUAAUCUCGUUCAACUUAUUCUAAGCUUCGCUACUCUUAUUCUACAUCGGCUUGCCCGUAUUCAUAUUAUAAGGCCACACUUGGGCAAUAGUGAUUAUCCCAAUGGAGGAAGCGGCGGCACCACCGGCCGUGGUAGCUAUAGGCGAGCAAAAUAUCGACCCGAGUCUGCGCUCGCAGGCCCAACACACGGCCUCUCUGUCCAACGUUGCAAGCCCACCAGAACGUCUUCCAGAUGGCCGGCUUGUCCCUCGCGAGACGUACCAUGCAUACUUGCUGUCUAUCAAGCGAAAGAAGUGCCUGGUGGGAACAUGUGCGAGUCUGAGCAUAUCUCAUCCGAAGAGGGCUAGCCUUGAGCGCCUCCGGGAUGCCCUACUUGAUUACUGGUACUCCCCGACGGGCAAUGGUGUUGCACCCUUGCCUAGUCCCCCCCCUCACACUCCGCCGCCUCGCAUCCCAGCGUCGCCAACCCAUGGCACCACGGCUGCGACGCCAAUUCAUGGGACUGCAGCUGCGACACCUGCGUUCGCAUUGCCUAGUACAGGUGAUGAGACAUAUGACGGUGAUGACGAGCUGCUGCGCAAUCAGUUCUAUGUGGACUGUAACGCGGCAGCUGACGUCUUUGCAUAUGAUCGAGGGGCUGAGGAUGGCGACGAAGAGGAUGAUGAAUUAGAGGAUGCAACCCUGUUUUCGUUCGACAUGGAUGACCCAGUUGACUUCACAAGCUACCAGAGGAGCAUGCGCGUUGAUGCCGCCAAACGAUUCGAGGAGAACCGGCGGGCUGGUGGUCGAAGGACACAGAAAUCAGUGAUUCGUUCAUGGGAGCUUUUCCUCGCAGAUGCGAGGGCAGAUGGCCGGGUCCCGGACGAGAUAGUCGAUGAACAUAGCCUCCUCGUGUUCAUCAACUACACUGCAGACCGUCCAAAGCGCAGCCGCAAGGGAGAGUAUAUUCCUGGAACACGUGUUGGUGCUUCUCAGAUUAAGAAAGAAUUCUUUGGUGCUCUCCGCAUCCGCAAGGUCCAGGAUGCCGCAGAUCCUACACUCGCUACACGACGGCCUGCAGCAACAGUUCACGUCUACGACCUCGUCAAGGCUCGAAUGAACGAGGCUCUGAUCAGUGCACGUCUCGGCCUCAUUCCAAACGAGGAUGCACCGGACAUCGUCGCAAACACAUUUCUGGCCAGUGUGACCGACCAACAGCUGCAGGAUAUUGGUUACGGUUUCUUACAACACCGGGAACUACGAUCUGCAAUUAACGGGCACCUUGCGUGGACAUUGCAGAAUGGUUCAGGUAACCGAGGGGAUGACGUCCGUGCAUUAAAGCUAUGUGAGCUGCAGCCUUAUCAGAUGAAGCAUCCGAACAAUCAGCAGACGAUAUUUGUUGUCCUUGGCCUUCAAAGUGAGGAAAAGGCAGGGAUUCGGAACAUGCAGACGACCGUCAAUCCAAGCUACCGAGUAUGGAUGGCGCAUGAAAAUCCACUCAUGUGUCCACUUGGUGCGCUUGCGAUGCACUUCCAUCAGUUAUUUGAUCACUUCCGACUUGCCGAGAAGCUGGAUAUCGACUGGCUGGUGAACAAGACAUGGCGACAGGUUAGGCUCAUCUGGGGCUCUUCUCCUACCAAGACGUACACCGAUUCGAAUCUGCACAACUUGUAUGCGAAAGCAUUCAAGAAGGCAGAUUUUGAAUCAACGAUCAAGGCGCAUUUGCCCCGUCACCUAAUCGGGUACAUGCAAGAGCGCUUUGGAGUCGAUCCAUUCGAAACAUCAAAGCUUGGAUGGAGACAUGGGACGUAUCAGACUACAUAUGCUCCUAAUCUUCCGAAGCAGGCAAAUCUCGCAUGCCACGGGUAUAUGGAGCAUGAGUAUUACGACCCAGUCUGGUGCAAGGUGUCAGUCCCAGCCGAGUUCUUGAACCGUGUAUGUCCCAUGGCCGAAUCAAUCAUCAAGGCGACAGAAGGCAGACGGAACCUUGUUGGUGUAACAAACUUUUGGAAGAUGAUCGUAGAUCUCCGACCAUUCCUCUUUCAAUGUGCUGCAGCGAUCUAUCAGGUUGUCCCAACUUCCCCCAUAUUCCGACUACCCGCUCUAGCAUCCACGGAUGUUCAAGAGUGGAUGAAGAUUCAGUAUCCAGCCCAUCUUGAGACAGCAAAGUCGCAGCAGGCAGAGCCUGUUGAUCUCUCGCGCAUCCAGAAUGAGGCGCAGCGUCAAGCGUUAGAACAGAUGAGGGUUAUACUUAAUGUGAUAGGUGAUAAGGUGCAUUCAAUGGGCGAGACGGUAGAACGGCGGACCGCUGUCCUUUCGCCCGCCAAGGGUUACUCGAAUGAGUUUAGCACCCCGCCAGCAAGUACCUUACUUGGGAGCCCCAUCCAGCUCGCACCGGGCACCCGUCUCUCUGGCAAUGACCUCGAUCCACCACUUACAAUAAGCGCGGAGGCCCGAGCACAUGAAGACACUGGCAUGUAUGAAGCCGGGGACAGCACCUUGCGCGCUUUCAUUGCGCCAUCCCCGAAGUCACCAUCGCAGGCAAGGCCACGAACUCAAGUCGACUUGGUCCUUCCGUCUAUUCAAGCAUUCAAUCAAGAGGGUACUGUUCAGUUGCUAUGGCCGCCCUGUAUGGGGCAGCAGUCUGUCACUUGGGCGAAGGUAUUUUCGCUUAUCCGACAGCCGAAGUACCUCUGGCAGGCAUGGAAGCCUAGCGAGAGCUUGAAUAACAUGACCAUAGCACAGAUCUGGGCGUGCUACAACAGCGGUGAAGCCACUCGCGAUGCUGAUGGGAAUCAGACAGGCGCGAAACCACCAUUACGGUUGGUCGAACAACAUUUUCAGGGCAAGUGGCGGAGUGAAAUCGAGGCUCGGAAGGCCUGGCAACGUGUUCGCGAGAUACCCGAGUGGAUCGACACGGCGAUCAGAGAUGAAGGCCUGUCGGAUACAGCGGCAAUUGCACUGCUCGAAUCGAUGCGGAAGGUCGAAGGAAAAGCACAGCUGCUCGGUUCAAACGCAUUAACAAGUCUCCUCAUCAAGCAGCGCAAGGCAAAGGCUCUUACAGCCGGCGAGACCCUUGCACCUGCCUCGAGUGUCGCCUCUAGCAUUGUGGUAUCCUCGGCUUCCGAAUCAACCUCUGGCAAAAAGCGCCGCGCGCCGACCAUUGCAGGGCGCAAGAAGUCCAAGAAGGCGAACUUACACGCAGCAUAG